AUGAGAAGCCAUCUUUCUGCUUUCAAGAAACACCGAGCAGCCAGGAUUGAUCACUAUGUAGUUGAAGUCAAUAAGCUAAUAAUCAGAUUAGAAAAGCUUACAUCGUUUGACAGAGCAAACACUGAGUCAGCUAAAAUAAGAGCUAUAGAGAAGUCUGUUGUGCCUUGGGUCAGUGAUCAGGAUGUUCCAUUCUGCCCAGACUGUGGAAAUAAGUUCAGUAUUCGAAACCGACGUCACCACUGCCGCCUUUGUGGGUCUAUUAUGUGCAAGAAGUGCAUGGAACUUGUCAGUCUUCUUCUGGCAAGCAAACUCACUAGUGCCAGCAAAGAGGCCUUGGGUUCUCAUACUAGCCCGAACUCCUCACCUAAUAGCGUCCAUGGCUCCCGCCGUGGCAGCAUUAGCAGCAUAAGCAGUGUGAGCUCAGUUCUGGAUGAGAAGGAUGAUGACCGAAUCCGUUGUUGUCGGCACUGCAAAGAUACCCUGUUGAAAAGAGAACAACAGAUUGAUGAGAAAGAAUACACUCCAGAGAUCGUGAAACUCUACGAGAAACUCCGACUCUGCAUGGAGAAGGUUGACCAGAAGGCGCCAGAAUACAUAAGGAUGGCAGAAUCACUAAAUGCUGGGGAGACAACCUACAAUCUUGAACACGCUAAUGACUUGAGGGUGGAGAUUCAAAAAGUAUAUGAAUUUAUAGAUGCCUUAAGUAAGAAGAUUUUGAGUCUAGGCUUGCAUGAAGAUCCCCAACCUCAUCCUAAAACACUACAACUUCAGAGAAUGAUAAGAUAUUCAGCUACACUUUUUGUUCAGGAAAAAUUGCUUGGCCUAAUGUCCCUGCCAACCAAAGAUCAGUAUGAAGAACUGAAGAAGAGAAGACUGCAUGUGGUGGCUCUCGAAUCACAUGGAAAACAAGAGGAAAAGCAAAAAGAUUUUCUCUCCAGAUCUGCAGCCACAGUUAAUGGUGAUGCAACUCACCUGAAAAAAGGAACAGUCAGGAAAUCUGAAGGCUGGUUACCUACAUCUAGCAUAUUGAGAGAGAGUGAGGUAGCAGACCCACUUCUUCAGCAGAUUGACAAUAUCACAUCCUUUAUUAAGCAAGCAAAGGCAGCUAAUAGGAUAGACGAGGUCCAUAUGUUGCAAGAGAAUCUGAGGCAGCUUCAGGAUGAAUAUGAUCAACAACAAACUCUGAAAGCUAUUGAGCUUUCUAAAAAACAGGCAGAAGAGGAAGAGAUGCAGAGGGAGGAACUUCAGGUCCUUCGUGAAAAAGAGUGGGAAAGAGAACACCACAAAUUCAUGUCUCAGCAUUCCAGGACAUGCUCCUUAGACUUCAGAGAAGUCAAGCAGGAUCAGCAUGAAGUUGCAAAAGAGAAUCAGAACUUGAUAGCACAUGCAUUGGAUUUGGAUAUUACACAGAUCAAAGGGGACUCAAGGUCUGAAACUCCUGCUGUUGAGCAGCUGCCAGCUAAAGAGCACUUGAUCUUCACACUCAAAGCCCAGAAUGUCCCACGGUGUGACAAAGACCAAGAUCAGACAGCCUCUCUAAACCCCUUUGAAGAUGAAGCAGAUACCCCUCAGUUAGAGGAAGAUCCUGCUAACCCAUUUGCCAAAGACACUUCUCCAAUGGCUUGCAGAGCUGUGCUAGAGAAAGAAAUUGAUAAAAAAGAAUAUAAUCCAUUUGAAAAUGAUGAGGAGGAUGAACAGACUAAUGGAGCAGCUGGCAGUACUUCAAACCCUUUUGAAGAGGAUGAAAAUCAAUUUCAAAAGCCUGGGGGUAGUUGGAAUUCUGGGAACCCAUUUGAACAGGGAUCCUCUACCAAUCCCUUUGAAGUGGAGGAUGGCAAUGAGAUCUCUGGAGAGGAGGCUAUAGAGGAAGAGCUGCUUCUGCAACAGAUAGAUAAUAUCAAAGCUUAUAUAUUUGAUGCCAAACAUAGUGGACGAAUGGAUGAGGUGGAGGUACUGACAGAGAACUUAAAGGAAUUGAAGCGCACGUUAGCAAAGCAGAAGGAGAAAUCCAACUGCUGA